AUGGAGGUUUCAGAGCAUUGCCCGAGUGGAACGCAAUCUCUCGCCUCUCGCCCGUCGGUCUCCCUUCGCACUUCCUUCGAGUCGGUGUCGUUUCUUCGCGUCGUGACGGUCGUGCCGUGCGAAAACCAUGGCGUGGUCCAUGAUGGAUCUCAUCAGCAGCUUUCAAUCCAGGUCCCGUGCUCGGAUUCGCGAGCGGAGCCAGAGGCAGAGGUGCUGUGUCGACGGCUCUUCAACCGAGCUCGCGGGCGGAGCGACCACCCCGAGGCUUACGACGACUGCGGUCUGUGUUUGCCAGGGUACGUUGCAGAAUCUUGGGGCGUGGACCGAGAAUCGGAGGUCUGUUCCAAGUCGUCGGAAGGAAAAGAAAAGAAAGCGGAAGUCCCCGCGCUCGCCAUCGCCGUCGGCUGCGUCAUCUUUCUCGUCCUGCUCGUCUUCCUCGUCCGACGCUUGAGGAGACGGAAUCGCAGCCGGAAGCUGUCGGAAACUCGGGAGCCUGACCCAAGCCCCGAAGACGGAAGAGGUGCGUGCGAGCACCAGCCCGAAGGAGCACGGCUCGAAGGAGCACGGCUCGGUCUCCUUGCAGAUUUCGGCUGCCCCCCUCCCUCUCCCCGUCAGGAGAAGGCGUGUCUGGCUAGCAACCUGACUCUGGAAGAGAUGGAAAGGAACACGUGUGACCAUCUCCUUAUUCACACCUUCACCUCCCGACGACCGGAAGUCUCGAGUUUGCACUGCAAGGGCCCGCCAUCUCCGCCUUCCAAACUCCCGCAUCCCUCGAAAUCCCGGACGCGAAACGUCUUGGAAGCCAUCUCUUCGCGGACGACGACGUUCGACGACGACGCGACUUCUGCACGAAGCCAAAUUUUACGAGGAAACGCAACCCUUUUUGGGUUCUGCACGACCGCGCCUCGACUCGUCCACGCCCAGCGGCCUCCCGAGAUCCGAGCCUCAAAGCAGAAUUGUGCGAAACGAGAGGUCGAACGGCUCUCCUCCGAAGGAGGGGCCUCCACCGCAAGGCCACCGGGAACCACGCUCCUCAUUGGCGGAGAAGAGCGUGACGUCCUCCGUGAAGUGAGUUCCCUUCCCCUUUCAUUUUCUGGCCAAAUCACGAGGAAUGGCAUGGCCGUGGGGAGUCCUUUGACCUUUGGAGACCCCCUUGCCUUUACAGCCUUUAAACACAGCAGCUACGCAGACAUUUUGGCCGAGAAUGAACGCGCCGACGACGAAUCUUGCUCGUCUUCUCAUCGCAUUCCUCCUCAGAAAAUGGAAGAAAAGCGCGUGCACAUCCGACACUGCCUGCUCUUCGACUUCGACCUGGGCAUCUCUGCUACUCAGGCGCCCCGUCAUCUAUGCCAGACGGAAGGCCGUGACGCCCCCUCCCUCAACACCUGCCACUACUGGUACAGUCGCUUCCGCUCCGGCGACAGGAGCCUCGAGGACCGACCCAGUGGAGUAUUGAGGACCAGAAGCGAUCUUCCUCUGCAGCCGAGAGAUACUUUGCAAUGGUGGUUGUUUCUGCAGCUGGGGCUGGUGGCAGCAGGAGGAGGAUGCAUCCGUGCCGAGGAAUUCUGUAAGACGUUUAACCGAAAACCGGGUGGAAUCCCCUGUCCGUCUUCCCAUCUGGAAUGCGGGUCCUGCUUGGACGGGUACUCGGCCGAGGAGUGGUCGGGAGGGAGAGUGGCGGACGUGUGUCGAUCGAUCCGGACCGCGUUCGAGCUGGAUCAGGACGAUCCCCAUCGUCUGGAUCCCGGUGAUCCCGAUCGCUUGGAUUCCGGUGAUCCCGAUCGCCUGGAUCCCGGAGAGACCCCGACGCAACCCCAAGGGAGCUCGAACCUCGUGAACAUCCUGGUCCCGAUCGCCGUCAUCUGCUUUGUUCUCAUCGCAGUCGGACUGUGGUUCAGGAGGAGGAAGAAGCCUCUUCCGCUAGACGCGGAAAGAAACGGGGAAUCGGAGGAAGACCCCAUUUUCCGCGGUUCCCUCACGUCCACGUCCACGGUCCGCUUCGAUAAGAGGACCCCGGCCGUCUUCGCCUUCCCCCGAGGCAGGCCUCAACUGUCCCAUCGAGGAAAUAAGACGCUUCCGAAUGGAGAAGUAGAAGGAAGAGGAGGGGGAGGAGGAGGAGAAGGAGGAGGGGGAGGAGGAGGAGAAGGAGGAGGGGGAGGAGGUGGAGGAGGAGGAAGCGUUCGGGAGAUGUCGUUGACGCAUCAGGAAAUUAUUUCCUGUGAGGCUGAGAGACUUCUGCAAGCCACUCCAAAUAAUUGGGAACACUUCAAGAACAAUCCUUGUUCUGCAUUCCAUUAUGCGCCAGGGAUCGAAACCAGAAAUGAGAGGAUGACACCUUCUCCAACCCCCUCUACCGACUCUUCCUCCAUCUCCACGACAUCAACCACCUGGUCACCACCUCAUCCGUCGACUGGUUCUUCCCCCUCCUGGUCGCAACCAGAGCAACCCUCAACUCAAUCACCCUCGCUCCCUCUCUGCAUCCUUCCACCUUCUCCACUUGCACCAGUGACACCCUUAACCCAGUCACCCUCCGCUCGCCCUUCACCAACCCCUCCACCCUCCACUCCAAGUCACUCUCCUCGUCCCUCCCGUUCUGCAUCCUCAUCGUCCUCGAAUCGAUCACCAUCUCCUCCACCACCAGGACCCCCACCAGAGGGAGGAUCAGGAUCGGGGAGGCAGUGGAAACGGACCACGUCGGUGGAGCACGUCCAGGAGAUUCUAUCCGUGUUUAUCUCGGGUCACCUCUUCAGGUCUCUCUCAUCACGUAAUCAUCAUCGCGAAGAGGCUGGCCGUGAUCCGUAACAGUGGCAUUAAUUUCGAUCCUGGUCAUGUAUUACUCCAAUUUAUUUUCCUUCCUUCUGAGAUGCCAAUUUCGCAGAUGUCGAUUCUGAUGUAUAUAUUCUCUCUUGUCCUCUAUGUUCUAAAUUGAUCCUGCCGAU